UAAAUGUAUGUUUUUUAAACAAGAUAAUUUAAAAAUAUAAAUUACUUUCGGUUACUAUUCAUAAAUGGAAUGACGAAGAGCAUUGAACCGUUCAUAUUGGAUUUAAAAUACGUAUAAAGUAUAACACGUUUAAGUUAGAUCAUCAUCGGACGGAUAUUAAGUUAUCUCACCAUGAAUUCAAUUAUUCCAGACUGAAGUCAACAUUUACAUAUAUAGUACAAUAAUAGCUGCAUCUUUCAGCAAUACAGAGGUUAAUUCAUCACCAUGUCAAAUAAUCAGCGAGAUGAUCAUCACUACGACUCACGACAAAUGGUUCCACAAUCUGCUCGAAGUAAAUCAUCGUCAAACAGUUCAACACAUAAAGGUUUCACUUUUGACCCAAUGAAAAACAUGCAUCUAUGGACAAUGUGGAGAAUAGGAAACACGGAAAAGAUUGUGAAUUUCACAAAACACAGAGAAUCUGAAGUUUAUUUACAAAACGAAUUUCAGCACGGAAUCUUUUCUGGAGUACCGUAUGGAAGUCCUACAUUACUGGUGCCACCCCUUGCCAGCAAUAUAAAUGUCACAGAAGCAACAAAACGUAGAGCAACAGAGAUGAUGCAUUCAAACGAAGGAGACAGUGUAUUGAAAGCAGGACAAUUUAUUUAUUUUGGACUACCACGAGUUGCUCUAAAGAAUGGUUAAACUCCUUAAACCUUUCGAAUGCCUUUUUUCAAUGGCAGCUUUAUUUUGACAUAUGGAGAACUUGGUCGUACACCAAUAGAUACAGUAAUAAAAUGAAGAAUGGUGUGUUUUUGGUUUUUCUCACCAAUGAAAAUAAACUGAGCAGUAUACCUUAUCAAAUUAUGUUCAACUUGAAAGAUGAUUACACUUUCAAUUGGAUGGAUUAUAUUAAAUCGAUCCUAGACAAUGCCGGCCAGCAAUCCCCAUUAGAUAUAAAUCAACUAAAAAUCGUACUGACAGAAAAACUAAAAGAUUUUCAU